GACGAUGAGCCAAGUGACGUUUGGGGAUUUCCAGCGGCCCGAGCAGCCAAUCAGCGAGCUGCGGAAACGCCGAAAGUGCUGCAAGCUGCCGAAAAGCCUCGACACUGGCCACUUUUCCCCUCACACCGUCAUCGUUGUGGUAUCCCUCACAUGGCUUUGGAGGCGUUCGGUGACACCUGAACACUUUUUGGCUCGCGCGGCGGGGGGGGGGCGAAGUUGUUGUUUCCCCCCAUUUUCUUUAAAGAUUAAAACCACCUCUGGUGACUGUUUGAAUGUGCUGUCCCGUUUCGAGACAUGGACGUUUUCCGCUGUACUCCCGAGGGAGAACUGUCUGACUUCGACCUGAUCCAGGAGAUCAUUACAGAGGACCACACAGGUGUAUGCCUGCCCAGGCCACCGCCUCCGCCUGUUGAGCUCCUGGGCCAGAAUCACAGGAUGCACCGGCUUUGCUCCUCCUCCUCCUGCUCGUCAUCAUCACAUCCGAUGCUGGUAGCGAGAGGCACCGCGUGUCAGUCAAGCUGCACAUUCAACGCGCCUCUGCAGCAGCUCUGCUCCCCGCGGGAAAUGGCUCAACACCCUCUCAUCCAUCCUCAAACCAGCUCCUCCCGCUCUGGUCGCGGCCCCCCGUGCCCGCUGACCGCCAAGCCCCCCAGCACCACCGCCGUGUCUUCCAAGGGCCGGUCUGGGGUAGAGAUGCUGGAGCGUAAUCUGGAGAAACCUAAACUGGUGGUGGUGGAGCAGCCCAAAGAGCGAGGCAUGAGGUUUCGCUAUGAGUGCGAGGGCCGCUCUGCCGGCAGCAUCUUGGGUGCGUCGGGGAGCGAAAGCAACAAGACUCAGCCUGCCAUUGAGAUUCAAGGUUCCACUGAGAACUUGAAGAAGGCCACCGUUACCGUUUCGCUUGUGACCAAAGACCCCCCACACCGGCCGCACCCUCACUGCCUGGUGGGAAAAGAUUGCCCGAACGGCUCGGGUAUCUGCGUGGUGACGCUGAACCCUCACAGCAACCGACGCCACAGCUUCGCCAACCUGGGCAUCCAAUGUGUUAGGAGGAAAGAACUUGAUGUCUCACUGCAGAAGAGAAGGAGCCAGAAUAUUGACCCCUUUCAAACUGGUCACUCGAAGGGCAUCGAGGACAUGGACAUGAACGCCGUGCGUCUGUGUUUCCAGUGUGAGCUCGAGUGGGAGGACGGCACGACGGACAGCCUUAGCCCUGUGGUGUCCAACCCUAUCUAUGACAAAAAGGCAACGACUACAUCCCAGUUAAAAAUCAGCCAGUUGAACCAGUACACGGGUGCCUGCACUGGGAAGACCGAGAUCUACAUGCUGUGUGACAAAGUGCAGAAAGAUGACAUCGAGAUCAUCUUCCGCCACGGCUCGUGGAAGGCAAACGGCGAGUUCGCACAGACGGACGUCCACCGGCAGAUCGCCAUCGUGUUCAAAACGCCACCAUACCAGGACCAGGACAUCGCAGAAGGAGUGGACGUCAGCGUCACCCUGCGCCGGCUCUCCGACCAGAUGGAGAGCGAGCCGGUCACCUUCACAUACCUGCCGUACAAUCCUGAUCCGUAUGAGGUGAAGCGAAAAAGAAAGAUCAAGUCCGACAUGAACUUCCAAGAGAACGCCAACGUGACGGCCGAGUGCGCGGCGUCACCGGAACAGUCCAUCCAUUUCCAUCACGCCGUGAAGUCUCCUUGCUCGGCCCAGCCGGUGCCCGCCCCUUUGGGGGAGAUGUGCUACGCUGAGCCGUUGGACGCAAAUAUGGACACUGAGGAUAUUGACCUCAUCAGCCAACUGCUGGAGCUGCCCGGCAUGAUGGACAUGUUCUCGGACCCCGCUGUCGUCUCGGCCAUGCCCGACGCCGGGCAGGCCCCCUUCAUCAACACGGAGGCCAACCCCAACCAGAACUUCGGCCUCUACACGCAGGACUUCUCCCACUACGCCGACCUGCAGUUCAACAUGCUCGUCAACGAGAACCGGAACAUGCAGACUGAGUCGAAGACCAGCCCGUCCAACGCGGUCCACGUGAAGAUCGAAGAUGACCUAUGAGGGCACGAAACCCUGACAAAUAGUCUGGACCACAGUCAUCUGUUAAAAAAACCAACAACACACUUUCCAUUUCCUCUCAGGUAACAAUCAACAAUGAUGCCUUGAGAAACGACUGACCCGUCUUGGGAGUUUUCCAAGAUAGGAACCCUCAUUCGGUGGUUUUUGUGCUUUGACUUGUGAGCACACACUUGAGAUACGAGCACAUGUGGUGACAGUUAACUCAACUGAACUCGAGUCACAACAAGCAGCAGUUUGGCAGAACAAUUCUUCUGUUUAUUGCCACUGCCAGUUGAAAUUGAUUGUCAAACUAAAGAGUGAACUUCCAAGAACUUCUUUACACAUCAUGUUUCUAAAUUUUUCUCUUUGGCGAGUCAGCCUUGUUUAAUGCUAACAAUGUAGAACAGCAUUGACGUGCUAAUGGUUACCAUUGAUGUGUUUCUUGACGCAACUUCUAUUUGAGCACAGAUGGUGGACCAACACCUUUAGACAGAUGUGUAACAUUAUUCAGAGGUAUAAUAUUCUUUAUCUUCCACUAUGAAAAAUGACAAAUAUUACAGCAUAUUACUGAUUCUUUGACAGUUGUAGUAGGAGUAGAACUAGUAGUAGUCUGUUCUUGGGUUGUCUGCACGACUCUAAUCUGUUACAGUGCCUCCCAGUAGCCAACGGGUCUACAGCAGGAGGAACAGUACAAUGAAUUGGAUUGCAGCAUAAAAUCAUCAUGCACAAACUUUUUAAUUCUUUGGAUUCUAUUUAAUUAUUACUGUUUUUAUAGAUUACAGUAUUAUGACGUGCUAUUUUUACCUUUUUUUUUUUCUAAUGGGGGAGGCUAGCACAGAUUAAUGGCAUUUUCACUG